AAAUAAAUGAGGCCAGAAACUUAAUUUUAUUUCAUUUUCAACACAUGCACGACCAUAACAUUGCGUUCGAGUCAGUUUAUUAGCCUGCAUGCAACUAUAACAAAGACCAUCACUUGCGAAUUCAAAUUGAAGCAUGCUAUACAUCACAGCAAAAACCCUCUUAUGUUUCUUCCUGGCAACUUAUUUUUUUUAAGAGCGUAGAUAUACAGCGAGAAAAGGAUGGAACGUUACUAGAACAAAUCCACAAACAUCAGAAGGCCUGGUAAUAUUACUAAAAGGCGCGUUGGCUGUUAACCAUGCGGAUGGCUUCCUCCAGCAAUCCAAAGUGUCAACAUAACCAACUGUGGUCCACUGCAAGCACGCGUUCAUCAAUGAAAAGUAUCGUUCACUCCUCGCCUUGAACAUUUGCACAUGUUGGCAUACAAUAUUCUAAGAGGUACAUGUCAAUUUCUGCCCUUGGUCACAUGACUGGCGCUCUCUGGAAUGGAUGGAGAUUGAUCUCCACGUCAGCUCACGUCUCAAAAUUUCUGCUCGGCGGAUCUGCUUCAAAGCCACUGAAGCUGAAGCAGUUCUGUAGCCUACUACGAUGCGAGGCAGUACUAUGGUUGUGGCUUGCCCAACCAAGUGUCAUGAUGGAUUUUGAUGAGCGAGUACCCGUUGGGUCUAACAUGUAUUUGCCCGGCUGUGCUUAUUACGUGUCUGGAACGGAAUUCUCCAGCCUUCCUCCUUUUCUGCCCCAGACCCCGUCUUCGUGCCCCAUGACCUACUCAUACUCCACGUCUAGUUUGCCACAAGUUCAGAGCGUUAGAGAGGUAUCUUUCAGGGACUAUGCCAUUGACACGUCCAGCAAGUGGCACUCCAGGGGCAAUCUGCCACACUGCUACGCGACCGAGGACAUGGUGCACAGGGACUGCCUGUCCAAUCCUGGGACUUUGGGGGACAUGUUUUCGAAAAACAACUCGGUUCUUUACCACUCCAGCAGCCACACGAGCCACACGUCCAACGUGUAUGGCAGCGUAGGGAGGAACGGAGUGCUUCCCCAAGCCUUCGACCAGUUUUUCGAGACCGCGUACGGGAACGUGGAAAAUCAGCCGAGCGAGCAGCCGGUGGACAGAGCAACCGGUAAAGCGCCCCCGCCCGCGGAAACAGCCAGCGACAGUUGUCGGGGAACGGAGGAGACGGAGCGCUGUGAGGAGACGAGCAGCCCGGAGCCAUCUUCCGGUAACAACGAGGAGAAAUUCAGCGGCAGCAGUAAUGGACAGAAGACACGGAAAAAGAGGUGUCCUUACACCAAAUAUCAGAUCAGAGAGCUGGAGAGAGAAUUUUUCUUCAGUGUUUAUAUCAACAAGGAAAAAAGGCUACAGCUUUCCAGAAUGCUCAACCUCACCGACCGUCAGGUGAAAAUAUGGUUUCAAAACAGAAGAAUGAAAGAAAAAAAACUCAACAGAGACCGCCUGCAGUAUUACACCACGAACCCUUUGCUUUAGACCGUCUAUUGCUGAGAAAUCAUUUAGGAGAGAUGGUUAAUUUCAAGUUCGUGGAAACACAUUCCGGCUCCAGAGACUGCUCCGAGACGAGAUGUGUGUGACCUUGAUUCCUCUCAGAGACUUUUCCAUCGACAUAGACUUCCAUUUAGAUUUCCACUUCCACUUAGAUAUUCUCAGUAAUCUCUACCGUUUGGAAUUAAAACUAGUAUUAUUAUUGUUGUUGUUGUUGUACUGGUAUUGUCAUGUGUUAUUAUUAUUAUUCCAUUCUACUCAGUUAAAUGACUAUUCAGUUUACAGGGAUUUUAUUUUUGUUAUUACUAUUAUCUGACCAAGAUCUGUAGCUACUUUUCGCAUUUGUCAUAACAGUAAUAAGCUAAAGGCUCUUGAAAUCUAUUUUGUUGGAGGAAAAAAAAAAGAAAAAGAGAAAAAAAAGAAAAAAUUGUGGAGGCGAAAUAUAAAUGCUAAUUGAAACGAAGGUGGUUUUAAUCUGUUAUUUAAUAGCCUACUCCUAUUUGUGGUUUAUAUUAUUAGACUUUGUAUCAUUGAAUAACGCACAUGAAUACAGCCCGAGCUUAUUAAGAACUAAAUUCAUCAUGCGCGCUUUAUUGUUUUAUACUUGAAUCGUGUGGACUGAAAGUGCAUAUUUGAUAUUACAUGUCCUUAUUGUGCAUUUUCCAGCAAAAUCGAGUGUGUUCAGAAAUGUCCAAAAACACAGAGAAAUUCUUAUUUAUUUUUAACGGACAUUUGGGCAUUACCUAAGGCGAAAGCAAUAACUGAACCAGCACGGACACUGCUCGAGUCCUCUGAAACCCCGAAUCUGAAUUUGAUUUUCUUCUUGAUUUCUGUUUUCUCGCGUGAAACUGUAUAUCGAUGUUGCAGGAGCUCAUUCGUGUUCAUGAUAAUCUCUCAUGUUUAUAACAUCUCUUCAGUGUUAGCCUAUAUAAAUCAGUCUCUUGAAAUAUCGUGUGUUUUCUCUCUUUUUCCGGGUGCGGGAUCAAAUGUUUGAUGGAUCUUGCGUUAUAUUGCCUCCACGCUUUUCUCUAAUUCAAGGAUCAAGUGUUUGCUGUUAUUAAUGCCUAGUAUCCAUUACGGAACUGCCCAAAACAUAGCUGUGUAUGUCUCCAUGAAUCAAACGGCCUUUCAACAAAUGGUUCUGUGUCGACCUUCCAGAUAAGUCUU